UUAUGAACGAGAAUUCGACGCGACGUGAGGGAAUUGAUCAACAGAUUGAAAUAGAAAGAAUUUUUAAUUAUUUUUUUAGGAUCAGACCACAAUUCCUCUAGAUCUUACUACUAUGCAGAGAAAUCGUUGACAGGUUGAAGUGGCCGGUGAGAUGAGUAACUCUGACACCAUUCCUGUGGUCAAGGAGGGGUAUCUAUGGAAAAGGGGAGAGCACAUAAAAAACUGGAGGAAGCGAUAUUUUAUUUUACGACAGGACGGUUCAUUCCUGGGAUACAGAGCCAAACCUGAACAUGGAUUGGGAGACCCCCUUAAUGACUUCACCGUCCGAGACUGUCAGUUAAUGAAACAAGAGAAGCCAAAGCCAAAUACAUUCAUUAUACGUGGCCUACAAUGGACGGUGGUAGUGGAGCGAAUGUUUUACGUGGAGAGUAAUGAUGAACGCGAGGACUGGAUUGCAGCCAUUCGUUCUGUGGCCGAAAAUCUCAAGGUCACCGAAGAAGAGGGAGGGAUGCUGGAAAAGGAGAAAAAGAAAGUGUCAUUAGAUGACUUUGAAUUCCUCAAAGUCCUAGGAAAAGGUACAUUUGGGAAGGUCAUUCUAUGUAAGGAGAAGACAACCAACCAUCUGUACGCCAUCAAGAUCCUCAAAAAACAGGUCAUCAUUGCCAAGGAUGAAGUGGCUCACACCCUCACAGAAAACAGAGUUUUGCAGACCACAAAACAUCCAUUUUUAACACAACUGAAGUACUCUUUCCAAACGCCCGACAGACUAUGUUUUGUUAUGGAGUAUGUCAAUGGGGGAGAACUCUUCUUUCAUUUAUCACGAGAACGAAUAUUCAGCGAGGACCGGACACGGUUUUAUGGUGCUGAAAUUAUUUCAGCAUUGGGAUAUUUACAUGAAAAUAAUAUCGUAUAUAGAGAUCUCAAGCUGGAGAAUUUAUUACUGGAUAAGGAUGGGCAUAUUAAGAUAGCAGACUUUGGUUUGUGUAAAGAGGAGAUGUAUUAUGGUGCUAGUACCAAGACCUUCUGUGGAACUCCAGAAUAUCUAGCACCAGAGGUGCUUGAAGACAAUGACUAUGGUCGUGCGGUGGAUUGGUGGGGAACGGGAGUUGUGAUGUAUGAAAUGAUGUGUGGUAGACUGCCAUUUUAUAAUCGUGAUCAUGACAUUUUGUUUGAACUUAUUUUGCUUCAACAAGUCAAAUUUCCUCGGACGUUGUCAGAAGAUGCUACCUCUUUGUUGUCGGGCCUGCUGGUCAAGGAUCCCAAACAAAGGCUGGGAGGAACAGAGGACGACGUCAAUGUCAUUAGGGUUCACCCGUUCUUUAAAAGUAUCAACUGGCAGGACCUAGUGGAAAAGAAGAUUCAGCCCCCAUGGAAACCUGAUGUGAAGAGUGCCUGGGACACAAAAUACAUCCCUGAUGAAUUCGCCCGUGAGAACACGAUUUUAACACCACCAGGCCAGGAACACUUGUCAGAGAGCAUGAGGCAUGAAUUGGAUGCCAUUGAUGAGGAGGGGGAACUUCCAUACUUUGAGCAGUUCUCAUUUCAUGGGAACAGCAGCAAGAGUUUUGGUGGAUACCUGAGUGAGUCUGUGAGACAUACUGAUGAACUGUUCUAAUGUACCGGUGGAAUGACUUAAAAGCAUACUCGCAUGGUCAUGUGACACAAGGGGAGGAGUUAUGUGGUCAUGUGACCAGAGAAUUGUACAGAAUGGUAGAUAAAUGCAAUCUCAGUAUUAAGAUAAAGAAUUAUUUAGGUAAAAACAAUUUUUCAUUCCUUGAUCUAUAUAUAUAUUUUUCUUCGAAGAAAAAUAAUAAAUUAUAUAUGCAUACUCUCUAGACAAAGUUGUCAAUUAGUAAUGCAGUUAUUAUGAACAGUAAUCCUUGCUGUUAAAAAAACUGUCUUUUAUAAAUCUACCUCUGUUUUCAUGUUGUCAGUCAAUCAGUUCUCGAUACUUAUUUCAGCCAAAAAAAAAAAAUUAUAUGUAAUUAUGUUUUUGUUUUGUUAGAUCUGUAUUUCUGUUGUGGUUGUCCAAAUAUUGUCUUUGGUGCAAUAUUGUUCUAGCAAUAGAAAAAAAAAUCACUUGUUUCUUUUUUUUAUUGAUUUCAAAUUUCUCUAGCCUAUAAUGUUCUUUAUUUUUUUCUUUUUCCCUAUUAAGAAAAGCUAUGAGAAAGGAACAGGAAGCAUUAAGGUGUAAUUGAAAUCAGUCUUGAAAUCAUUAUAUGAUUGCAUUUUUAGCUGGUAGAACAGGUGUUAUAUUUAUGUGUAAGUUGCUUAAGUAUUUUAUGCUUUGGUGAGGUCUUAUUUGUAGGGAUAUAAUCUGCAUACAAUUGAUGGUGUAUAGUUUUAAUCAACCAAUCUAAAAAAAUAAUUUAACCUAUCAAUUUCAAUCAGAUAGGUCUAGUAUAAUUUUCAGAAUUAUUAUUUUUUUUUAUUAUUACAUGAAGGCACUUAUUCCUUGUAAAAAUUUUAAAAUGGAUAUAUUUUUUUUUACUUCAGAAAAUUUCUGUUUAUGAUUUGAACCAUCAGCUACUGUACCAGAGAACAGAGUACACCUUAUUUAUAAAGUAACACAAUUUUCAAAGCUAUCAGAUUUUUUUUUUUGCCAAGAUAAUUAAAGCAAUUAUUUUAUUGUGACCAAAAAAAGGUUGGUAGAGACUGCAUGGGAGAAUACUUGUAUUACAUUUUCUAUCCCAUAUACUGGAGAGAUGUCAAAUUCAGUAAUUUUUUGCUGGUAAAAAUGUAAUGUUACAGUUCUGUCCCUUUAUUGGAGAGAUGUCAAAUUCUGAAAUUUUUUUCUGGUAGAAAUUUAAUAUUACAGUUUCUGUCUCAAAUACUAGAAAGAUGUCAAAUUCUGUAUUUUUUUUGCUGGUGGAAAUGAAUGUUAUUGAGGUUCACAGUAAUGCUAUGGAUUACUUAGCUGAGAUACAAUCAAUUAAAAAAAGCCUUGUCAAUUUUAAUUCUUAUACUCCAUCCAUCUAGUUUUAUCAUUGGUUUAUCUAUUUAAUACUGAAAAAACCUAGUCAUCAUUUUGUUACUCACUCGUCAGUUAGUAAUUUUUUGUAGUUAUAUUUACAAAUUGGUUUACAGAGAUGGCAACAAUAUUUGCUUACUAGCAGUACUUUAGUUAUUCAUACAAGUGGUUCUGAGGACUUGUUGUAAAUUCUGGGAGCUGAAUGUACAAUUUUUGGGGGGUUCUAAAAAUAAAAAGCCAAAGAAUGAAUAUUAUGGUGGGACUGAAAAAAAAACAAAUCUUACAUAGGACUGGAAAUUCCUGGAAUUGCGUUUAAUAUGUGAACUGGCCAUUAUUUCAUAAUUUGUAAGCAUAUAGGCAUUGAUGAUUUAAUUAAGGGUAGUCUAUGUGAUUAUCAAUUUAGAGAACAAGAAAACCAUACUGAUAUGACUUCAAUAUAAUUUUUUUAAAAAGUUCUGGUACUUUUAUUGUAGAAAAUAUCUGGGCAAUAUCAAGAGAUAAUUUAUGAUAAAAAUUUUGAGACCUCUUCCAUAAUAUAUUUGAUUUAUAUGACUUGAUAAUUUUCCCCUCCUUAUUUGACUCGCCAUUCUGAUCUAUGGGGUAUAUUAAUGGAAAAAAUUAUUUUAUUUCCACCCCAAAAAAAGUAUUUAAAAAAGAAAAAAGCGAAUUGUUCACAGAAGCAACAGUACAGUCCAUAUGUGUUGUUUUUAUUUUUGUCAUUGCAAAAAUGGAAACCAAAUUUGAUUUUUGGACAUUAGAGUAGCAGAUGUCCUUGAUAGUUUAAGCAGAUAAUAUUGUUGUGCUGUUUAAUGUACAGAAGGUCAGAACAGAAAAAAAACAUAUGAAGGCUAUUAAUUGGUUGCUUUUCAAAUGGAAUUUUUUCUCACUAGAAAGGGGGAGUGGGUGAUAGUACUUCUUUUUAGACAUACUGUUAACUUCUCCGAUUCCAGUAUUUCAUUAUAUAUGGGAACUUUUAUAUUCUUUGGAUAUGACAGUUGUUUUUUGUACAAUGGAAGAUAUUUAAUUGUGCCUGAUUUUCUUCUUUUUUUUUUAUAUGUAAACUGAGAUUACACAAUGCGUCAAUGCUUAAUCUUCAAUGUAAAUCAUGUUCAUAAUGAAAUCCUUUUUAUAUAGAUAUGUUCUGUUGUGUUUUUAUGCUGUUAAGAAUUUUGCUAUCUUGAUUUUACUAGGUUGGUCUUACUUUGUCGUCUCUGCAAAACAAAUAAUCUGUUACUCUUAGAGCUACAGUUCUUACAGAGAUAAAACACUGAUACCAUGUAUUCAAUAUUUAUAGCACAUUAUUGCAAGUUUUCUUUCACAUUUUUACAGUUUUUAUGUUGGUGUUUCAUUUUAAGCCCCCCGAUUUUAGACCCCCAAUUUUUUUUUUACACCUGUUGAUAUACUAUUUUUAUUACAUCAGACAGCUUUAAUAAUACAGACAGCACAAACAAAAGGUUCUUCCAAUCUUAUAUAACUAAUAAGGACCAAUGUUAUAAUGUUGUGUGUUAAAGUACCAAUAAAGUUGUUCUAAAAGGUG